CUUCUCUCAAACGCAGUCGAUCAAUUUCUCAUCAUGGCCCGCAAGCCAUCGACACCCUCAGUGUCGGCGGGCAAUCCAUCUUCAACAUCUUCCGCGCCCGCUCCCACAUCGGCAUCAUCGUCAUCUCGCAUUCACCCAUCCUACCACCAGUAUUCGUAUCCACCGCCGCCGCCAACGACGACGGGCGACUACAACAAUGCCUCUGCCGCCUCGUCGCCUUCCUCAUGGCAGCCUUCUUACCCGCCACAUUCUCGAGCCACUGGCACUUCGAUCGGUGCGACCAAGCCGACACAAGCGUAUCCGGGAAUGCAUGACUAUCCGGCUUCAUCUCCGGCCUCGACCUCAUACAAUGCCUCGUACAGCAAAGGCAAUUCGCCCUCGCAGGCCAGCGAGGAUGAAGACGACCCUGACGGCGGCUACAAUGACGAGGGAACAAGUCCAGCCAGCGCCAAGGGCAAGGACAAAGCAACGAAAAGGGCUGCGACCUCGACCUCGACCUCAACCUCAGCCUCCGCAUCAACGUCGCAAGGCUCCAAGCGGCAGCGCGUCCACUUCUCGUGCACAGAAUGCCAUCGGCGUAAGCAGAAGUGCAAUCGUCAGACGCCAUGCCAACAUUGCAUUGCUCGCAAGGUGCCAGAGCGCUGCAAAACAUUCAAGCCUGGUCAUGAAGAGGGGAUGGAUCUGACUGCGCGGGUGGCCAAGCUGGAGAAGUCUCUCGAGGAGGGAUUCGAUAGGUUGGCCGCGAUGAUGGCUGAGCACGCUGCGAAUCAGCAGAGAGUACAAACCGCGGCAGGGGCAAACACAUCAUACCAGAUGCCCAGCUCCGCCCAGCCUCGUGGACCCGCGACAACGCUUCCACCUCCUGCGCAACCCUCGUCGCAACUACAGAGCGAGCGCCGCGUCAGCUUUGCUCCAUCUGCACCUGGCACAGUCACGAAUGAAGGUAGCGACGCAGGGGACGAGGCGAAUAAUGGCGCUGUACUCAACGAUGCGGGAAACUUCCAUGGCAGCGGAGCUACCAUUUCAAUGCGUAUCGACUCUCUGCUCUCAGACGUCGGCGGCGGCGAACAAUCCUCUAGCGGCGAAGCAUCUCAGUCUGCUACAGGGCAGCGCAAGGGCAUCUUGUCAAUGCCCACUCGCUCCGACGCCGGGAGCGACAAGGACGACGAUCUCGACUCGAAGAUGGCAGAGUACGGAGCAGUCGACAAGAUGUCGGGUGCUUUCGCUUCGAGCGUGCCCAGCCGGGGGAUUUGCAGGCAGCUUACGGACCAUUACUUUGACGACGUCAACUGGCUUCGACACCCCCUGCCAGAGCGACUCUUGCGCCCCCAGAUCAACGCAUACAUCGACGCACCUGGCGCCUUUCCAGCUCCCUUGACGACAUCCAACGUCAAUGUCUUUGCGUGCAUGAUGCUACUCAUGUCCGUGGCCGCCCUCAGCGCUGAGAUUGAAGCCUUUCCCAAGGACGGCAAAGCGAGGAGAAUGGCAGCGCGCCGCUUCGAAUGGACAGGGCGGCGCACAUUGCUCCUCAGCCAGGUCCUGGGCAAAGACGACAUCCUCCAAGUCAUGGGCUUCAACCUGGCCUGGCGCUUCCUCAUGCUCGAUCGCCGCAUGAGCGAAGGUUGGCGCUGUGUCUCUAACUCCAUCACGGCAGGAUACGCCAUUGGUCUGCACAGAGACGGCUCGAAGCUCGGUCUCCCUCCCCUCGAGACGGACUUACGCCGAGGAGCCUGGCAGACGAUUACCUUUGCCGACUUGAUGCUCUCGAUGACUUUUGGUCGCCCACCAAUCUCAGACCUCGAUCGAUCCUUCUCAGACACAGCGCUGCCUACUCUGGAGGGCUUCAAGCACUGGUGGCCGAAUGAGGAGCGCACUUCUCAUCCGCGCGCGAAAGAGGGUAAGCCGCUUCCCACGAUCUACCAGCACACGCUCAACCGCGUCAAGAUCAUGCGCAUCUGUGGACGCAUUGUCGAAUGCUACCAGAAGCUUGAGCCACAUCAUUACAGCGAUAUCCUAGCCAUAGACGCCGAGUUGCUCAAGGUGCGCGAAGAGCUGCCGUACUACUACCAAGCGACCGUUAAGCGCGAAGAUGGCCGCAACUCCGUAGAGUGCGAUCGCACGCUGGAUGACGACUUCCCCUUUUUGAUGAUCCACCGCUUUCUCUGCCACACCGAAGUCUUCUUCUGCCGGAUCUCUCUGCAUCGUUCCUACCUUUUGCGCUCAGGAGCAAAGGGCUCCUCUGGCAAUCGCUAUGCUCAAUCGCGUCGCGCAUGCAUCGAGGCAGCGAUGGACGACCUGGCCAUGCGGACGGAAUUUGUCCAGAAGCUGGUGAAGCGCUACGGCGGCCUGGGGAAGAUUCCGCUCUGGGUCUACAUCCAUAUCGGGACAUAUUCGUGGUUCAACAGCCUGCUAGUCGCUUCGAUCGCCGCAUUGCUCGACCCGUCAGAUAUGCCUGAGCUCCCUGCGCUCAGGGCACAGCUUAAUCACUUCUUAAGGCAUGCUGACAGGAAGCAGGCUGGCCUGCCGCCAGAGGAUGUGACUCCGGAUGAUAGCAGUGCUACGACUGGGAGCGCGACAAGUCCUGACGAGACUGGCAACAGUCGCGCCCAUCUCGAGAUCAAGGACGAGAUGAGGGAGAAAGAGGAGACAAUCUUGAGCAUGUUUAGGAGCGCCAUUGACCGCGCGCAGGCCAACCUGGCGGCGAAAGGAGCAGCGGAGCCGGCGCGUACGGCUGGCAGCAAGCGGGCGAUGGAUGAACCAGCCCCAAGCAGCCGCUCUGCAAAGGCGAGCAAGGGGCAAGAGACGGCGGCAUCUCGGGAGGAGGCUACGGCGGAUGUGUUGCUUGACUUGGGCAAGGGAGCCAAGGGCGGGAAUGCUGUGGGAGACGUCAAGACUGCAGAGGGGCCCGGCUCUGGAUCUGGCUAUUCUUCGCCAAAGCAGGGUGGCAGCCAACAAGCGCAAGGGAAGGUGACGCCAUCGUCACAUAGGGCAACGCCGCCAACCCCACGCACAGCAGCAGGAAGCAGCAACAACGCUCAGCAGCAGCAGCCGCUCUCCCAUCACCUCCGCAAUGACUCUUCCGCAGCACUCGAUGCGCAAACGCCCAGCGCAGCAAGCACAAGCUCGGCUUCCACACCAUUUCCGUCGAGCGGCAUGCUUGGCGCGGGAGUUGCGCCAUUCCCGGCUUCUUCCUCUGUCGAUUCUCCCAGCGGCAAUCACGCCUUCAGUGGACACCCGCAGCAGCAACGUCCUCCACACGCCCAGCAACAGCAGCAGCGCUCAGUCGACUCGGCCCAAGCUGACUUCAAUGCUUGGUUUGCGAACGAGUUCUCUAUGGGGAUGGCAAUGAACCUCGGUGGGGCUGGGCCUGACGCGCUCGUCUCGCCGGCUUCAGCUGGACAUGUUGGAGGGGGAAUGGCUGGAUAUUCGGUCAAUGGUACCAGCCCAGGUGGCGGGCCGAAUGCGGGAUGGGCCGGUGCUGCUACGUUCGACGGCGCGAAUGGUCAGCCCUCCUCUUCCGCUGGCCCAGUUCAAUGGUCCACUCUUCCUCGCCCAAAUUGGGACGCGACGCCUUCCUCCAGCGUUCCGUCUGGAUCGCAGGCAGCACCAGCGUUCGACGCUCAAGGCUUCUUCAUGAACAAUGUCCACCCCGGCGGGGCAAGCACCAGAACGGCUGGGGACCCAUACGCCGUAGCAGCUGCGAACGCCGCGGCGGCACGAGGAGGGCAGGGGCUCCGGCAGCAGCAGCAGCAGCAGCAGCAGAGAGCACCAGAUCAAAGUGGCGCCCCCGGCUUUUUGGACCCUCAGCUCCAACAGCAGCAAAGAGGCAUGCCUCCCGGCAGCUGGGCGCCACUUGGCCCGCAACCGCAGGCGGGUACGCAGCAGGGUGGGAUGGAAGGGGCUCCUGGUGGAGGCGGAGGAGGAGGAGGUGGAGAUUUCGACACUGCGUUUUGGAAAGACUUGAUCAGCAAGAUCUCGACGACGUAGAGCAGGAGGAGGCCAUUGCUCUUUCUCUGCUUGCUGCUUGCUUCCAAAUUCGACUCACGCGCCACGCGAUGGCAGCUGUUUGACAAUGGAUUGCUCUCUGUGCCUGUCUGCUUUGCUUGCCU